GCCUCGGCAGCGCAGCAGCGAUGCAGGAGACUGACGUUGGCCCGCAGCGCUCCUGGCUCGUUUCCCACCAUGGAUGUGGCCUCGGCGCGUGGUGAAGUGGGAUGCCCGGAGCAGCAGUGGAGCUUCCCCUGAUCCCGUGGGGUUUGCGCUAGACCUUACCCCACCAUGACACCGCUGUGACGCUGCUCGCGACGGCUGCGCUGGGCGUGCUGAGAAGCUCCAUGAUUGAGGCAAAGCGGAUCGGGAGCCGCAGUGGCGACACGGAGCCUGUGGCGAAGCCGGCGCCGGGACAAGAAGAUGAAAUUUCCAUUCUACCGGCUUCUCCAUAAGCAGGCCCAGUGACAUUUCCUUGCAGAGACUCGCUCUAAGGACUCUUCUGGUUAUGGCUGCUGAUCCGACGUGAUCGGGCACGCGCUGACUCUCGAACUCAUGACUGGCUAUACGAUGUUGCGGAAUGGGGGAGUGGGGAACGGAGGCCAGCCGUGGGUGUUGAGGUGGUCCAGCCGGAUCCGGCUCACUUGGCUGAGUUUCACCCUCUUCGUUAUCCUCGUCUUCUUUCCCCUCAUCGCCCACUACUACCUGACCACCAUCGACGACGCGGACGACGCCGGCAAGCGCAUCUUCGGCCCCCGCACGGGCAACGAGCUGUGCGAGGUGAAGCACGUGCAGGACCUGUGCCGCAUCCGCGAGUCGGUCAGCGAGGAGCUGCUCCAGCUGGAGGCCAAGCGGCAGGAGCUCAACAGCGAGAUCGCCAAGCUCAACUUGAAGAUCGAGGCCUGCAAGAAGAGCAUCGAGAAUGCCAAGCAGGACCUGCUGCAGCUGAAGAACGUCAUCAGCCAGACGGAGCAUUCCUACAAAGAACUCAUGGCCCAGAACCAGCCCAAGCUCUCCCUGCCAAUCCGGCUCCUGCCAGACAAGGACGAGGCGGCCUUUCCCUUGCCCAAAUCCAACCGGAAUUGCAGGCUGCACAACUGCUUUGACUACUCGCGAUGCCCGUUGACGUCCGGCUUUCCGGUCUACGUCUACAACAGUGACGAUUACCCUUUUGGUAGUUCCCUAGACCCCUUAAUUAAGCAAGCCUUUGAGGCCACUGUCAGAACUAACAUUUAUGUUACUGAAAAUGCAAAUAUUGCUUGUGUGUAUAUAAUUUUAGUGGGGGAAAUGCAAGAGCCCGUAAUGCCAAAACCUACUGAACUCGAGCAACAGUUGCACUCUCUGCCGUAUUGGAGGACUGAUGGGCACAACCAUCUCAUCAUCAAUUUAUCCCGGAAAUCGGAAACUCAGAAUUUCAUUUACAACGUCAGCACGGGGCGUGCCAUGAUUGCUCAGUCCACCUUUUACGAUGUGCAGUAUCGGCCAGGGUUCGACAUAGUGGUGUCACCUCUGGUCCACGCUAUGUCGGAACCCAACUUCCUAGAGAUCCCGCCCCAGGUGCCGGUCAAGCGUAARUAUCUGUUCAGCUUCCAGGGAGAGAAGAUAGAGUCUCUCCGGUCUAGCUUGCAAGAGGUUCGCUCCUUUGAAGAGGAGAUAGAAGGCAACGCGCCGGCUGACUACGACGAUCGCAUCAUCACCACCUUGAAGGCUGUUCAGGACAGCAAGUUGGACUUUGUGUUGGUGGAGUUCACGUGUAAGAACCAGCCGAAGGCGAGUCUGCCCACUGAGUGGGCUCUGUGUGGAGAAAGGGAUGACAGACUAGAGCUACUGAAGCUUUCUACUUUUGCACUGAUAAUCACCCCAGGGGACACCCGUCUGGUGAUCUCCGCCGGGUGCGCCAUGAGACUCUUUGAGGCUCUGGAGGUGGGAGCCAUCCCGGUGGUUCUCGGAGAGCAAGUCCAGCUACCCUACAACGACGUGAUCCGGUGGAACGAGGCAGCCUUAAUCAUACCAAAGCCACGUAUCACAGAAGUGCACUUCCUUCUGAGAAGCAUUUCUGACAACGAUCUCCUUGCCAUGAGGAGGCAAGGCCGCUUCUUGUGGGAGACCUACUUCUCCACCUCGGACAACGUUUUCAGCACAGUCUUAGCCAUCAUAAGGACUCGAAUCCAAAUCCCGGCCGCUCCUAUCCGAGAAGAAGCGGCCGUGGAGAUUCCGCACCGGUCCGGCAAAGCUGCUGGCACCGACCCCAACAUGGCAGACAACGGCGACCUGGACCUGGGGCCUGUGGAAACGGAACCGCCCUACGCAUCUCCCAAAUAUCUCCGCAACUUCACCCUCACGGCGAUGGACAUCUACAGGAAUUGGAAUUCGGCUCCGGGGCCUUUCCACCUCUUCCCCUAUACUCCCUUCGAUCCCGUGUUACCGUCGGAAGCCAAAUUUUUGGGGUCUGGGACCGGAUUUCGACCGAUUGGCGGCGGAGCAGGUGGUUCCGGGAAGGAGUUCCAGGCUGCUUUGGGGGGCAACGUCCCCCGGGAACAGUUCACGGUUGUGAUGUUGACUUACGAGCGGGAGGAGGUGCUGAUGAACUCCCUGGAGAGGCUCAACGGUCUCCCCUACUUAAAUAAAGUGGUGGUAGUGUGGAACUCGCCCAAGCUGCCCUCUGAGGAUCUCUUAUGGCCAGACAUUGGCGUCCCAAUCAUGGUUGUCCGCACGGAGAAGAACAGCCUGAACAACCGGUUCCUGCCGUGGGACGAGAUCGAGACGGAGGCCGUGCUGUCCAUCGACGACGACGCUCACCUGCGCCACGACGAGAUCAUGUUCGGCUUCCGAGUGUGGCGCGAGGCCCGYGACCGCAUCGUGGGCUUCCCGGGCCGCUACCACGCGUGGGACGUGGCCCACCAGUCGUGGCUCUACAACUCCAACUACUCGUGCGAGCUCUCCAUGGUGCUCACCGGGGCCGCCUUCUUCCACAAGUACUACGCCUACCUGUACUCGUACGUGAUGCCCCAGGCCAUCCGCGACAUGGUGGACGAGUACAUCAACUGCGAGGACAUCGCCAUGAACUUCCUCGUGUCGCACCUCACCAGGAAGCCGCCCAUCAAGGUGACCUCCCGCUGGACGUUCCGCUGCCCCGGCUGCCCGCAGGCCCUGUCGCACGACGACUCGCACUUCCACGAGCGCCACAAGUGCAUCAACUUCUUCGUCAAGGUGUACGGCUACAUGCCGCUGCUCUACACCCAGUUCCGCGUCGACUCGGUGCUCUUCAAGACCCGCCUGCCCCACGACAAGACCAAGUGCUUCAAGUUCAUCUAGGAGGCUCCCCGGGGAGGGCAGGGCGCCCGCCCGGCGGCCCCGAGAGUCGCUCGGCGCCAUCGGACACGGGGCAGCGGCCCCUGCGCUGGCCAAGGGCGGCCCUUCUUUUUAAUUCUAAUUAUUGUU